CUUUGUGGAUCGAGCACACACUUUGCAAAGAUGUCAACCGUUGCCCUAAAAGAACUUUCCCGUUCCAAGUGUUUUGCAGGCCAUGUGAUAAAAUAUUCGCACCCAUCUCGUUUGUUGGGAUGUGACAUGAAAUUCAGCAUGUUUCUUCCUGAGAGUAAACCUUUGGAAAAGAGGGAACAAAAACUGCCUGUACUAUAUUUUCUGUCUGGGUUGACUUGUACCGAGGACAAUUUCAUGCAAAAGGCUGGCGCACAACGGAAAGCUGCCCAGGAAGGAAUCAUUCUUGUUGCUCCGGAUACAAGCCCCAGGGGUUUGGGAAUAGAAGGUGAAGAUGACUCGUGGGAUCUUGGUACAGGUGCUGGAUUCUAUGUCGACGCGACCACAGAAAAGUGGAAGCAGUAUAAGAUGUACUCUUAUAUUACCGAGGAGCUGCCGGGUAUCAUCAAUCAAUCCUUUCCGGUGGAUACCACUCGCGUGUCGAUAGCCGGUCACAGUAUGGGUGGACAUGGCGCUCUUGUAAUCGGGCUCAAGAAUCCAGACAAGUAUCGUAGUAUUUCCGCGUUUUCUCCCAUUGCCAAUCCUACGGACUGUCCCUGGGGUGUAAAAGCGUUUUCCGCAUACCUAGGCCCAGACAAGGACGCGUGGAAGGCAUACGAUGCAUCUGAGCUCAUCGCCAACUAUAGUGGACCAUCAAAGAAAAUUCUCGUCGAUCAAGGAAAGGCUGACCAGUUCCUCGAAGAACAAUUGAAAGUAGAACGGUUGACAAAGGCCAAGAACGACUCUGGAAAAAAUGUUCUGGACCUCUCUCUCCGGCUGCAUGAUGGAUACGACCACAGUUAUUACUUUAUUAGUACCUUCAUCGAAGAGCACUUGGAAUUCCACGCAAAACAGCUCAAGGCUUAAGCGAAUACCUUCCUAGCGGAGCAUGAAUGAAUAUGGGCUGUAUUAGAAGAAAGAGGAUGCACGCCGAGACAAGUUCGCUCGUGUUCAAUAGAUGAGAGGCGGCGUCCUAGCAGUGCAUGACAUAGUUUUAUGGAAGUGCGGAUGGGAAGCGAGGGCAGAUAGUAUUAGAUCCUUGGUUUGGCCAAAUAGAGUUUUGAGCUCGGGCCGGGUUGACAACCAAUAUGAAAGAGUGCGGAGGGACA